UCGGUUCUGGUUACCGUGACCAUGAGGCCUUCAUUAUCCUUACUUCUUCCUGUUGAGGCGGUCGUACGAGCAAAGAAACCAUGGUUUGUGCCCCGACGUGUGCCCGCAAACGGACGCAGGAUUACAGCUGCAAGUACCGUAAUCUGGACAAAUUCACAACCGAUGUGGAGCACUUUCUGGAGGAAUACGAUCACAUUGUGCAACAUUCGGCUGCAUACCACAGAAGUUUCCGGCGUGAUUUAAAGCAUCUGCACGACGAUAUCGAGCUACUGUUGCAGAAGUUCCAACACAUCCAGUGCAUCGGUGUCCGGGGUCAGUUGUUCAUGGAGAAGUUUUGUUGUGGAGUUCUUUUUGAGGAUUAUAACGACCUAAAGAAACAUUACUUUCGCUUCCAUAACUUUCCCCGUAUCGUUCAGCCAAACAUUGUGCAACUACGAUCCGGGCACGGGAAAGUGCAAUACUUCCACCGACGAUUGCUCGAGUACACGUGCUACGGGACGGAGUCGACAGUCGUGCUGACGGCGAACUUGAAGAAGAUUGCCCGAAACGUGCGCCACACUUUGGAGCAGAGCCCAAAAUGGUAGUAUUUACAAGUCCCGAACGUUGUGCUAUUUUUGGUGCUAGUAGAACAAAUAAAUCGCAUGGUAUGUGCUUUUUGCGCAGUUGAAUUAAGCUUGAAUGUGAAUGCUUCGAGAA